AAAGAAUUUUUUAAUAGAGAAAUGUUAGAUUUACGAAGAGAUGUCACGAAGAUAAAAUUUGCAAAUUAACGUAAUAUUUUUAUCAUAAAAGAACGAGCUUAAAAUUCCACGACAAAUAAAAAUAGUGAAGCCCUUCUCUUUUAGUUUGAAAGAGCUGAUCUGGGCGGCCCACGAUCUGUCGGGCUCUCUUUCGGUUUGUUCAAGAUUAAGGACUUAAAGGCUUAAAGCGCUAGUAAACGACGCCGUCAAAUACUCAUACAUGAUACUACAAUUAAUUUUCGUGCAAAAUAAGAGAAUCUGAGGAUCGAGCUGGUAUCAGAAUCACACAUCCUAUUGGUCAAAAGUCAUAUCACCUUAUCCAAAUCCACAUCCCCACCAGCCCACCUAUCCAAAAAUCCUACAAACUCCCCCACACUUGACUUUCUCAACCAGAUUGAAUCCCACGCAACCAUAGACAACGGUUGCACCAAUCCUCAUCCCCAUAUCUCCUCAACCCAUUGAUGGCCAUGGCAACCCAAGCCUCGCUCUUCACUCCACCUCUCUCAGCCUCAAAGUCCGGUGCCGACCGUGUCACCCUCCCAUGGAAACAAUCACCAACCUUGUCUUUCACGAGUCCCAAGCCAUUCAAGUCUUUUCCGGGACAGCGUACAAUCAAGGCAGCUGCUGCGGAUGGCAAAACCGAGGCACCCACCAAGGAGGCUCCCGUGGGAUUCACCCCGCCGGAGUUGGACCCCAGCACCCCCUCACCGAUUUUCGCAGGCAGCACCGGAGGCCUACUGCGUAAGGCCCAAGUCGAAGAGUUCUAUGUGAUCACAUGGGACUCUCCCAAGGAACAAAUCUUUGAGAUGCCCACUGGAGGUGCAGCCAUUAUGAGGCAGGGUCCGAACCUGCUCAAACUGGCUAGGAAAGAGCAGUGCUUGGCUUUGGGGACGAGGUUGAGAUCUAAGUACAAGAUCAAGUACCAGUUUUACAGGGUGUUCCCCAAUGGAGAGGUCCAAUAUUUGCACCCCAAGGACGGUGUUUACCCGGAGAAGGUGAACCCCGGCCGUCAAGGAGUCGGAGUGAACUUCAGGUCAAUUGGAAAGAAUGUGAACCCGAUUGAGGUCAAGUUCACCGGCAAGCAAGUAUACGACUUGUGAGGUGUACGAUGAUAUAUAUAAUAUAUGUAUUUUAUGUG